UCCAAUCAAAAUAUCAACUCUUCAAGACUUUCUUGAUCAUCUAUUCAUCUCUUUCAAUCUUGUUUCCGAUCAGUUUAUACAGAUUUUCCCCACGAACAAAGAUAUCAUUUUUCGAUUUUUGAAGCAUACAAUGGCAUCUACUUCAACUUCCUCAGUUAGAAAGAGUUUCAGUUAUGAUGUCUUUUUGAGUUUCCGGGGUGAAGACACCCGUAAGACCUUUGUUGAUCAUCUCUACCAUGCUCUUGUCAGUAAAGGCAUUAUUACUUACAAAGAUGAUGAGAAAAUCGAGAAAGGGAAAAGGAUCAAUGAUCAGCUCAUGAGAUCCAUUGAAGACUCGAGAAUUUACAUCAUAGUUUUCUCCGAGAACUAUGCAUCUUCGUCGUGGUGCUUGAACGAGCUCGUCAAGAUUAUUGAGUGCCACAAGAUGGAUGGGCGGACUGCUUACCCUGUUUUCUUUAAUGUGGAACCGAGGGAAGUCCGCCACCAAAGUGGGGCAGUUGGAGAAGCCUUUGCCAAGCAUGAAAAGAAAGAGGCUGCUGGAAGAUGGAGAAAUGCUAUGAAAGAAGCAGCCGAUUUGGCUGGAAGAGAGUUGAAGACCACCUGUGAUGGGCAUGAAGCCAAGUUUAUCCAACAAAUUGUUCAAGACAUUUCACUAGAGCUGCGUUUCGUGAAUUCAAAUUCGAGCAAUGAUGAGAAAUUAAUAGGCAUGGAGACCCGUGUAAAGGAUGUAGUUUCAUAUUUAAAAGAUGCUUCUGUUGAUGUUCACAUGAUAGGGAUCCUGGGGAUUGGAGGUGGCGGAAAGACGACUUUGGCCAGAGCUGUUUUUGAUCAUAUAUCCGAUUCGUUUGAAGGUAAAAGCUUUGUUGAGAAUGUCAGAGAAGUUUCAAAAGGCUCUGGUAUGAAGGUAUUGCAAGAGCAGAUCCUUAAAGAUGUGUUAAAUGAUCAAAGCCUUGGUGUAACAGGCGUUUAUGAAGGGGUAAAUAUGACGAAAAAAAUGAUUGGUAGUAGAAAGGUACUUAUUGUUCUGGAUGAUGUGGAUAAUAUCGAGCAGCUUGAGGCGUUAGCAGGUGAGCAUACUUGGUUUAAGUCAGGAAGUACAAUCAUCAUCACAACAAGAGAUGAGCAUGUGCUGGUAGCACACAGAGUGAAGUUUAUUCAUAAUGUCAAUCUGUUAUCACACGAGGAAGGAAUUCGCCUCUUCAGUAAGUAUGCAUUUGGUAGCGAGAUUCCAGUUGAAGGGUAUGAAGAGCUCUCAAGAAAAGUUGUAUAUUAUGCUGCUGGUCUUCCCUUAACAAUAAAAGUGUUGGGUUCAUCUCUUUGUGGUAAAACUGAAUGUGAAUGGGAUGAUGCCAUAAAAAGACUAAAAACAAUUCCUGAAGAGCAAACUUUGAAAAGAUUGGAAAUCAGCUAUAUUGGUCUAGAAAAUGAUCACAAAGAAGUAUUCCUAGAAGUUGCAUGCAUAUUGAAAGGUGAUUCAAAAGACUCUGCAAUCAGAAUACUUGAAAGUUGUGGAUUCCAUGCUCGAUUUGCUUUAAAAGUUCUUGAGCAGAAAUCAUUGAUAACUGUUUCUGAUCUUGGGCGUUUAGAUAUGCAUGAUAGUAUUGAAGAAAUGGGCAUGAAUAUCGUUCGCCGUUUGCAUCCUGAUGAGCCUGGCAAACAUAGUCGAUUAUGGAUUAAAGAGGAAAUUGAAGAUAUAUUGGUGAAUGACUUGGGUACUUAAGCAACUAGAAGUAUAAAAAUGGAGUAUUUAUCUCUUGAUAUAGCUACAACUAUGAAAGGGUUCAGAAAGAUGAAGGGACUUAGAUUCCUUGACGUGUAUAGUGAAGUUGACAUGUAUAGUGAAGAUUUCACAUUGGAAACUGAUCAGAUUGACCCAUACUUACCAAACACCUUACGAAGUCUAAAUUGGCAUGGAUACCCUUUUCAGUGUUUACCUAAAACAUUUCAAGCAAAUAUGCUUGUUUACCUUCAAAUGGAUGCCAGCCAUAUCUCUCAAUUAUGGGGAGAGGGAGAAGGAAAGGUUCUUAAUAAACUAAGAUUCCUUAACCUCACUCGUUCAGAUUUGAUAAGCUUUGACCUUGGGAUGACUCCAAAUCUUGAAACAUUACAUCUUAAUGACUGUGAGGACUUUGUAGAACUCAACAUGCUUAAUGGAUGUCCAUAUCUCGAGACGUUACAUAUAAUAGAUUGCUAUUUUUUUAGAGAACUUCACAUGCCUUUUGAAAGUCCAAAGCUAAAAUCAAUCAACCUAAAUGAUUCGAUGGUGAGUAACCUUAACCUUGGGAAGACUCCUAGUCUCGAGGAGUUAGAUCUUGGUAAUUGCGGAGACUUUGUUGAAUUACACAUGCCUUUUGAAUGUCCAAAGCUAAAAUCCCUCAAGCUCAGCAAUUCUAAGGUGAGUAACCUUAACCUUGUGCUGACUCCAAAUAUUUCGAAAUUAGAUCUUAGUGGAUGUAAUAACUUGGUAGAACUCCACAUGCUCGUUGAAUUUCCACAUCUCAAAUAUCUCAACCUCAGUGGUUCUAAGGUGAGUAACCUUAACCUUGGGUUGACUCCACAACUUGAAGAGUUAAUUCUUGAAAAAUGUUUUUUUCUUCAAGAAAUUCUUGCUCCAAUGGGAUGUCUAAAGAAUCUUUUCCACUUAAAGUUAAGUGGUAAUAUCUUUGCAUAUUUUUUGUUUGGCAAUUGGUAUAAGGAUUAUUAUCUUUAUCGCACAGUUAAGUUAAAACUGAUUGUAGAGUCCACAGAUAUAUGUCCAUUGCAUCCCGACAAUAAUUUGCCAAAGUUUCAUGUUAAAUGUGAAUAUGAAGAGCCUCGACCCUUAUCUAGUGGAAAUGUUGAGAAGCUCAUUUCUUCUUGUCUAUGUGCUUGCACAUUCCUUGAGUCUUUUUCAGCAACUAUUUUUGGUCUACAACGUUUAGCAGAGCUUACACUUAUAGGCAGUAUUCCAGAGGCGCCCAAGGAUCUGUGGCAAUUAGAAGGGCUAGAGAAGUUAACUUUGUGGAUGAAAGAGAUUAAGCAUCUUCCAGAUAACAUUUGUAUGUUGAAGCAUCUGAAAUCUCUUAAGCUUAAAUCUUGUUGGCUUCUGGAGCAGUUACCCAAGGAUCUUGGCAGAUUAGAGAGUUUAGAGGUGUUAGACCUAACAGAUUGUAUAUCCUUACAAGAUAUUCCAAACAGCAUCUGUAACAUGAAAUGUUUAAAAAGUUUAAAUCUCUCCUUUUGUAUUCGAGUCGAGAAACUGCCAGGGGAACUCGGACGUUUAAAAUGUUUGGAAAUGUUAAAUAUAGAAGGUUCAGGCAUAAGGCAUCUUCCGCACAGCAUGUUUCAGUUGAAAGCUCUAUGUCUUGUAUGGUCUAGGUGGCGGCUUUUGAGCUAUGGUUUUACAUGCCUGAAUGAAAUCUCAGGAGACACGGCCUUCUCCUACGUACAUCAACAACCUUAUGACCCGUUCGAAGUUCUUUCAGGCAAUCGAUGUUGAAGCAAUCAAUCAAGCCCAUGUGAUUUCAUCAUGUUUGUGAUUUCCUUCAAUAUAUCAGUGAUAUCAAGGCAAGCAAAUGUUAAAGCACAGCUAUUAAUAGAUGUUCAAGCAAUUGAUAAAGUUUUAGUAAUUUCAAGUUUUUUUGGUUUGGGAGAUUGAUAAUGCGUUGGUGAUUUCAGUACAGAAACCUGACCCACAUAGUAGGACAAUAUGGGUGAAUCGCGAAAAUACGGUGCAUACGCGUGAUCUGCUUGAGUCGUUUGGUUUUACACCCCUGAAACCCCCACUGGAGAGGUGAUUCGAGUCACAAAUAAGUAUUGUAACAGGAUAUAAUAAAAGUGGUUUAUGGAUUAUUAGCAGCUGGUAGAUAGUUGAGUGGUUGGUUUGUAGUUUGUAGAUAGUUCAUGGGUUGGAAGGCAUAUGUUGGAAAGCUGGAGGAGUAAUUGUGACAUAAUGCCAAACUUAAAAGAGUAUAAAACAAGAAGUGUUAGUUAGCACAGAUAGUGUUAAAGCAAUUGAUCUGAGUUAAGGCGAUUACAUCAAGUGCGCUAUCAUCGUUUGCCCCAUAUGGGUUGAGUUUUGGAAAUUUUGAAUAUUUAAGGUUGAGAUCUUAGAACGUUUUUGUUUUUACUUUCUGGAAUUUAAUAUUGAAAGGAUUGCUCCAAUAUA